AUGACCUACACGCGGGGCGCUCUACAGUCAACAGUCUUGUCUAUGGCCGCAACGCACUUCGCUUUAGUAUCUGGUGAUACAACACUCCGAUUCGAGGCAUACAAACAUCAGCACGAAGCUAUCCGUCUGUUGCAGGAGGCUAUCCAGGACCCAUACCUGGCUGACGCAGAUCCCACGUUAGCCACUGUGAUGAUGAUGCAGAUAUCCGCACGACUCUUUGGUGACGAGGAAGAGGCGCAUGCGGUAAACCAUCUCAUCGGCGCAAAAGCCAUGAUCGCACGAAGAAGAGCUCGGUCCAAUAAUACUACCUCGUCAAGCGCGGAUUUCCUGAACAGUCUUUUCGCCUACCACGAUAUCCUCUCCUCAGUUUCAAGAGGCUCUUCGCCUCUUGACAUACACGGGUCUGAUUUCACUGCAAUCGAAGGCUCUUUGAGGAUGAAGAAUAUUGCAAAGAUCAUGCAAGUUGUCGCACGUAUCAGCAAGUUCCACGAAGUAGCGAAAGCGGAAAGGCUAUGUUCAGGUCAGUCGGAACUUCAAGGCGAUAACUUCAAUAUGGGCGCCGAACUUCAGCAAAUACUGCUUAACAUGAUUGUCGAUCUGGACGAAGUGAAUCCAUUUGAACCUCAAGACGUCAACUUUACUGUGGAAGCUUAUCGCCACGCUGCAUUCAUAUAUCUUUACCGCGUCUGGCUUGACAUGGGUUCGCCAAAUCCUACCACGGUCAAGCAUGUGCAGGAAUGUCUUGCGUUCAUCGAGCAAGUUCCAGUCGACUCACCACUAGUGUCCUCGCAUGUUUGGCCUCUGUUCACCGCUGGAUGUGAAGCCAUGGACGCAACACAACGACAAUUCGUCCGCGAGCGAUUCUUGGCGAUGUACGAGUCGAGGAAAUUUCCCAGCUUGAAAAGAGUUUUAAGGGACAUUGAGGAUGUCUGGGCUGCUAAAGAUGCUGAAGUCAUGGGUGGCCUAAAGCUUGAUUGCAUUCAAGUCAUCCUUCGGAGACGCGGUCGCGAAGUAGACCUUGCUUGA